GGGUACCUGGCCCCACAGAUGAUUGCUGCCCUGCCAAACCUGAGGAAGAAGGGAUGAUGAUAAAUAUUUCCAUUGGGUAUCGUUAUCCUCCUAUUUGCCUAGGGAGAGCACCAGGAUGUUUAAUGCCUGCAGUCCAAAAUUGGUUGGUAGAAGUACCUACUGUCAGUCCCAUCAGUAGAUUCACUUAUCACAUGGUAAGCGGGAUGUCACUCAGGCCACAGGUAAAUUAUUUACAAGACUUUUCUUAUCAAAGAUCAUUAAAAUUUAGACCUAAAGGGAAACCUUGCCCCAAGGAAAUUCCCAAAGAAUCAAAAAAUACGGAAGUUUUAGUUUGGGAAGAAUGUGUGGCCAAUAGUGCGGUGAUAUUACAAAACAAUGAAUUCGGAACUAUUAUAGAUUGGGCACCUCGAGGUCAAUUCUACCACAAUUGCUCAGGACAAACUCAGUCGAGUCCAAGUGCACAAGUGAGUCCAGCUGUUGAUAGCGACUUAACAGAAAGUUUAGACAAACAUAAGCAUAAAAAAUUGCAGUCUUUCUACCCUUGGGAAUGGGGAGAAAAAGGAAUCUCUACCCCAAGACCAAAAAUAAUAAGUCCUGUUUCUGGUCCUGAACAUCCAGAAUUAUGGAGGCUUACUGUGGCCUCACACCACAUUAGAAUUUGGUCUGGAAAUCAAACUUUAGAAACAAGAGAUCGUAAGCCAUUUUAUACUAUCGACCUAAAUUCCAGUCUAACAGUUCCUUUACAAAGUUGCGUAAAGCCCCCUUAUAUGCUAGUUGUAGGAAAUAUAGUUAUUAAACCAGACUCCCAGACUAUAACCUGUGAAAAUUGUAGAUUGUUUACUUGCAUUGAUUCAACUUUUAAUUGGCAACACCGUAUUCUGCUGGUGAGAGCAAGAGAGGGCGUGUGGAUCCCUGUGUCCAUGGACCGACCGUGGGAGGCCUCGCCAUCCGUUCAUAUUUUGACUGAAGUAUUAAAAGGUGUUUUAAAUAGAUCCAAAAGAUUCAUUUUUACUUUAAUUGCAGUGAUUAUGGGAUUAAUUGCAGUCACAGCUACGGCUGCUGUAGCAGGAGUUGCAUUGCACUCUUCUGUUCAGUCAGUAAACUUUGUUAAUGAUUGGCAAAAAAAUUCUACAAGAUUGUGGAAUUCACAAUCUAGUAUUGAUCAAAAAUUGGCAAAUCAAAUUAAUGAUCUUAGACAAACUGUCAUUUGGAUGGGAGACAGACUCAUGAGCUUAGAACAUCGUUUCCAGUUACAGUGUGACUGGAAUACGUCAGACUUUUGCAUUACACCCCAAAUUUAUAAUGAGUCUGAGCAUCACUGGGACAUGGUUAGAUGCCAUCUACAGGGAAGAGAAGAUAAUCUCACUUUAGACAUUUCCAAAUUAAAAGAACAAAUUUUCGAAGCAUCAAAAGCCCAUUUAAAUUUGGUGCCAGGAACUGAGGCAAUUGCAGGAGUUGCUGAUGGCCUCGCAAAUCUUAACCCUGUCACUUGGGUUAAGACCAUCGGAAGUACUACGAUUAUAAAUCUCAUAUUAAUCCUUGUGUGCCUGUUUUGUCUGUUGUUAGUCUACAGGUGUACCCAACAGCUCCGAAGAGACAGCGACCAUCGAGAACGGGCCAUGAUGACGAUGGUGGUUUUGUCGAAAAGAAAAGGGGGAAAUGUGGGGAAAAGCAAGAGAGAUCAGAUUGUUACUGUGUCUAUGUAGAAAGAAGUAGACAUAGGAGACUCCAUUUUGUUCUGUACUAAGAAAAAUUCUUCUGCCUUGAGAUUCUGUUAAUCUAUAACCUUACCCCCAACCCCGUGCUCUCUGAAACGUGUGCUGUGUCAACUCAAAGUUAAAUGGAUUAAGGGCGGUGCAAGAUGUGCUUUGUUAAACAGAUGCUUGAAGGCAGCAUGCUCCUUAAGAGUCAUCACCACUCCCUAAUCUCAAGUACCCAGGGACACAAAAACUGCGGAAGGCCGCAGGGACCUCUGCCUAGGAAAGCCAGGUAUUGUCCAAGGUUUCUCCCCAUGUGAUAGUCUGAAAUAUGGCCUCGUGGGAAGGGAAAGACCUGACCGUCCCCCAGCCCGACACCCGUAAAGGGUCUGUGCUGAGGAGGAUUAGUAAAAGAGGAAGGAAUGCCUCUUGCAGUUGAGACAAGAGGAAGGCAUCUGUCUCCUGCCUGUCCCUGGGCAAUGGAAUGUCUCGGUAUAAAACCCGAUUGUAUGCUCCAUCUACUGAGAUAGGGAAAAACCGCCUUAGGGCCGGAGGUGGGACCUGCGGGCAGCAAUACUGCUUUGUAAAGCAUCGAGAUGUUUAUGUGUAUGCAUAUCUAAAAGCACAGCACUUAAUCCUUUACAUUGUCUAUGAUGCAAAGACCUUUGUUCACGUGUUUGUCUGCUGACCCUCUCCCCACAAUUGUCUUGUGACCCUGACACAUCCCCCUCUUGGAGAAACACCCACAAAUGAUCAAUAAAUACUAAGGGAACUCAGAGGCUGGCGGGAUCCUCCAUAGGGGAUCCUCCAUAUG